AUGGGAACAUCGGAUCUGCUGAACGAGCUGAACCGAGACACGUUCCGCAUCGACCCGGACAGCGAGAAGCGCCUGUGCCACGUGGUGCUGCAGCAGCUCGACGACGCCUCGGGCGACAUCUCCGGCCUCGCCGUCAAGUGCCUGGUGCCGUUAGUGAAGAAGGUGAGCGAGGCGCGCGUGGCGGAGAUGAGCGCGGCGCUGGUGGGGAAGCUGCUGACGGGCAAGGACCAGCAGCGCGACAUCGCAGCCAUCGCGCUCAAGACCGUUGUGGCCGAGGUCGCGUCGCCGCCCGCCAUCCACCACCUGCUCGCGUCCCUGCCGGCCAGACUCACCGCUGCUAUCGACUCCCCGGACACGAGCGUGGACGUGAAGGGCGAGUGCCUGGACGUGCUGGGAGACGUUCUGCAGCGGUUUGGAGUGGUGAUGGCCGGUGACCACGAGCGGCUGCUCGUGCCCCUGCUGCAGCAGCUCUCCUCCCCCCGCGCCUCCCUCCGCAAGCGAGCCACUCAGUGCCUGGCGAGUCUGGCGGCGAGUCUAUCGGACGACCUGUUGGCGAGGGCGACCAACAGCGUGGUGGCACUGCUGCAGCGCACUGACCUCAAGCCCGACAUGACUCGCUCCUACAUCCAGAUGGUCGGCGCGCUCUGCCGGGCGGUGGGGUACCGCUUUGGGCCGCAUCUGGCAGUGGUGCUGCCGCUCGUGGUGGGCUUCUGUGAGGGCGCCUCUGAGAACGACGACGAGAUCCGCGAGUACUCCCUGCAGGCAUUGGAGAGCUUUGUGGUGCGGUGUCCCAAGGACGUGGCAGAGCACUGCGAGGCGAUCUUGGACCUGGCGCUCAAGUACCUGAGCUACGACCCCAACUUCACUGAUGACGCCAUGGAUGGCGACGGGGAGGGCGAGGGCGAGGAGGAAGAUGAAGAUGACGAGGACGAGGAGGAGGAGUACAGUGACGACGAGGACGUGAGCUGGAAGGUGCGGCGAGCAGCAGCGCGGUGCAUCGCUGCCAUCACCACAUCUCGCCCUGAGAUGCUAUCCACGCUCUACGCCAAGGCGAGCCCGAAGCUGAUCGAGAGGUUCAGAGAGCGUGAGGAGAAUGUCAAGGUGGACGUGUUCAAUGCGUUCAUCGACCUGCUCCGACAGACAGGCCACGUCACCAAGGGCCAUGCCUCCCCUGCUGAUGUGCCACCUGGCAGCCCGCUGGCAGUGUUGAGGGAGGAGGUGCCUCGCAUCGUGCGCUCGCUCAACAGACAGCUCAAGGAGAAGUCGCUCAAAACACGGGUGGGAGUGUUCAGUGUGCUCAAGGAGUUGGUGCACGUGCUGCCCAACUGCCUCACAGACCUCAUCGCCCUCCUCAUCCCCGGCAUUCAAAAAGCGCUCUCUGACAAGGCGUCCAACUCCAACCUCAAGAUCGAGGGGCUUCUCUUCACUCGCUUGGCCAUGGCCUCCCACCCGCCCCAUGUCUUCCAGCCGCACAUCAAGGAGCUGGCGGCGCCAGUGGUGGCAGCGGCAGGAGAGCGGUACUACAAGGUGACAGCAGAGGCGCUCCGAGUCGUGGGCGAGAUGGUCAAGGCCAUUCGCCCCCCCGCUCCCCAGGAUAACAGCUUUGACUUUGCACCGUACGUGCCGCUCUUCUACGAUGCGGUCAUGAAGCGCCUCACUGCCCAAGACCAGGACCUCGAGGUGAAGGAGUGCGCCAUUGGCUGCAUGGGGCUGCUGGUCUCCAUCCUGGGCGACCACCUCCAAUCACAUCUCGCCACGUGUCUGCCCCUCCUGCUGGACCGCCUGCGCAACGAGAUCACGCGCCUCACAGCCGUCAAGGCGUUUGGCACGAUAGCAGAGUCACCGCUGCACAUCAGCCUGUCAUCUGUGCUCGACCCCACCCUCGCUGAGCUCACCUCCUUCCUGCGCAAGGCCAACAGGUCGCUGCGCCAGGCGUCCCUCUGCACGCUCAACGCCAUGCUCUCAGCCUAUGCGCCCGACAUCACAGACGCCGCCAGGGAUGCUCUCCUCACAGAGCUCGCCCCGCUCAUCAGUGACUCGGAUCUGGCACUGGCAGCGCUGGCGCUGCAGCUGUGCUGCUCCGUGACCAGGCAGGCGCCCCCCGGGUCCGCUGCUGCAGCAGCUGUGGCCUCCAAAGUGCUGCCCCAGGCGCUCGCCCUCGUGCGCUCGCCGCUGCUUCAGGGGCAAGCUCUGCAGGCCCUGCAAGAGUUCUUCGCAGUGCAAGUGCAGGCAUCAGCCACGUCCUUUGACGCGCUGCUCGCCGCGCUGCUCUCAGCAGGCCGCCCCUUCUCCUCCUCCAUGUCCCCCGCCGCCGCUGCCGCAGCCGCCUCCUCCUCUGCCGCUGCCCGCCCCGCCUUCUCGUCAGUGGCGCAGUGCGCCGCUGUGCUGUGUGUGGCUGCUGGGUCUGACCAGUGUGCUGCCACUGUGAGGGCGCUGAUGAGCAACCUAGAGGGUUCUGCUCACCCUGCUGACACGCACAAGCAACUGCUUUCCCUGCUGUGCCUCGGCGAGAUAGGCCGGCGGGUGGACCUGAGUGCACACAGCACGCUCCCCACCCUCGUCAUGUCCGCACUGGCGUCGCCCCUAGAGGAGGUGAAGGCAGCAGCAUCGUUUGCGCUGGGGAGCAUAGCGGUGGGCAACCACAGCCAGUACCUGCCGUUCGUGCUGCAGCAGAUCGACUCGCAGCCCAAACUGCAAUACCUGCUGCUGCACUCGCUGAAAGAGAUCAUCUCUGGGCGAGCGGCGAGUGGCGGCAGUGCGGCAGUGGAGCUGGAGGGGGAGAACGUGGGCAAGGUGUUGGCGCUGCUGUUCACACACAGCGAGAGCGACGAGGAGGGCGUGCGGAACGUGGUGGCCGAGUGCCUGGGCCGCCUUGCUCUCAUCGACCCUCCUAGACUCGUGCCCGCUCUCAAGGAGCGAGUGGGCAGCCCAUCCGCGUUCACACGAGCCACGGUGGUGGCGGCACUCAAGUUCACUCUCACUGACUCCGCCCAGCCCAUCGACGAGCACCUCAAGCCGCACCUCUCCUCCUUCCUCUUCCUGCUCCGAGACUCCGACAGGCAUGUGCGGCGGGCAGCAGUGCUGGCGCUGACGACAGCAGCGCACAACAAGCCAGGGUUGGUGGAGGACCUCCUGCCAGAGCUGCUGCCGCUGCUGUACGACCAGAUGCGAGUCAAGCCUGAGAUGAUCCGGACCGUUGAUCUGGGCCCAUUCAAGCACACAGUGGAUGAUGGGCUGGAGCUGCGCAAGGCAGCCUUCGACUGCAUGGACACGCUCCUCUCCACCUGCCUGCACCGCAUCCAACCUGCCGCCUUCAUCACCCCCUUCCUCAUCUCUGGCCUCUCGGACAACUACGAUGUGAAGAUGCCAUGCCACCUGGUGCUGGCGAAGCUAGCAGAGAAGUGUGCCCCAUCGGUGCUGGCAGUGGUGGAUGCACUGGUGGAGCCAUUAGAGAAGACAGUGACGACGCGUGUUAAGGCAGACGCAGUGAAGCAGGAGGUGGACCGCAACGAGGACAUGAUCCGCAGCGCUCUACGCGCCGUGCACGCGCUGUCCCGCAUCAGGUUAGUGCCGUGCACGCGCUGUCCCGGAUUAGGUGCAAUGUGCUUGCUUGGAUCUAGUGAGUAG